CUCGGCUCGCAGCCAAUGGCGGAGCGCCCCGCCCGGCCCGGCUCGGGUGGGGGGAGCCGCGCCCAGCCCCGCGAGCGGACCGGAGGGAGCCGAGCGGAGCCGGACCGGACCGAAGGGAGCCGAACCGAGGCGGAUCGAAGCGAGCAGAGCCGGAGCGGAUCGGAGCGGUCCGGAGCAGAUCGGCUCAGCUCGGCUCGUAGCCCCCUGGGCCGGGCCCGGGUCUCCGCGAUGCGGCGGGGCCGUGCGGUGCUGCCGGGGCCGGGGCCGGUGCUGCUGCUGCUGCUCUGCUCGGUUCCGGGUCGCGGCGAGGAGUGCGGGAGGCGGACGGCGGCGGGGGGGUGCUGCACCCCGUGCCCCCCCGGGUUCGGUGUCUCGGAGCCCUGCGGCCACGCUGACACCCGCUGCCAGCCCUGCGCACACAACCAGACCUUCUCUGCGGUGAGCAGCGCGGAGGAGCCCUGCCGGCCCUGCACCCUCUGCCCGCUGCCCCCCGCGAGGCCCUGCACCCCUGCCCGCGACACCCUCUGCACCCAUGAGGAGCUGGUGACAGGGGGGCCCUCGCCUGCCACCCCGGAGCUUGCGUUGCCACCACCGGAGGCCAGCGGCGAGGACAUCAUCCCCGUGUACUGCUCCCUCCUGGCCGCCGUCGUGGUGGGGCUCCUGGCCUACGUGGCCUUCAAGUGCUGGCGCACAUGCAGGCAGAAGCAGCAGCUGGCCAAGGCGCGGGCAGGGGACGUGGGGACGUGCCCCGAGGGGGAGAAGCUCCACAGCGACAGCGGGGUCUUCCUGGACACCCACAGCCUGCAGGAGCCUCACCAGCCCGGCAAGGCCCCCUACCCCGAGGGGCACCCUUUCAGCGCAGUGCCGCCGCAGCGCCAGGAGGAGCUGGAGCGCCUGCUGGAGAGCGGGGGUCCUGGCCGGGACUGGCGCAGCCUGGCCGCACGCCUGGGCUUCAGCCCUGAAGCCAUCGGCACCUUCGGCCGGGGCCGGGCGCCCACCCGCACCCUGCUCAGCGCCUGGGCCAGCACCGAGGGCGCCACGCUGGAGACCCUGUGCCAGGCACUGGGUGCCAUCGGCCGGCAGGACGCGGCGCGGUGCCUGGCGGGACCCGAGGAUGCCACCUCUGCCGUGUGACCAAGGACACCGGGGCACCGACUUCUCCUGCCAGAGCUCUUUGGGGUUUUCUAUGAGUGGGUUUUGUACUUUUCUAGGGGGGUUGGGGGUGGGAUGGGGACAGGGAAGUGAUUUGGUGGCCCCAAGAUGGUGGCUGUGGGUGGUGGUGGAGGGUGGGAGGUGAGGGACGCAGCUGGUCCUUAUGUGGGCACAUUAAAUGUGUCACUUGUGUGUCACCAGGA